CCUCUUCGCGAACCCGAAAAAAUCGAUUUUUUCUGCAUUUUUUUUCUCUCUCUCCCGUCGAAUCGACGCGGAUGACGCAGAGCAGCGGCGGCGCCGGCGGUGGCCACCACCUCCACCUGAACCACCACGGGCUGUGCUGCCUGUCCGCGGCGGCGCUGCCGGCGCAGGACGCGCCGCCGACGCCGGAGCCGGAGGCGGCGCCGGGCGCGGCGGUGGCGGUGGCCGGGGUGCUGCACAAGUGGACCAACUACGGCCGCGGGUGGCGGGAGCGGUGGUUCUCGCUCCACGACGGGGUGCUCUCCUACUCCAAGAUUCGGAGGGACGCGGGCGGCGGCGGCGACGACGAGGAUGGCUGCGGCGGCGGUGGCGGCGAGGUCAGGCUGAUCGGCGUCGCGUCCGCCAGGAUCGGCGGCGGCGCGCGCCGCCGCGACAAGCCCGUCGGCGUCGUCUGCCUCAAGUUGUCAGCAUUUCGGGAGAGCAAGUCGGAUGAUAGGAGAUUCUACAUAUUUUCCCCCACAAAAACACUUCAUUUGAAGACAGAUUCAAAAGAAGACCGUGUUGCCUGGAUUGAGGCCUUGAUCUUGGCGAGGAGUUUUUAUUCGUUAAGAUCACUCAGUGGGAGGAUAACUUUUGUGCAAAGCGAUGUUUCGGUUUCAACGGCAAGGCUUCGAAAUCGCCUGCAGCAAGAGGGACUGAAUGAAAGUUUUAUACAGGAGUGUGAACAGAUUGUGCUUACAGAGUUUUCCAGCUUCCGGAAACAACUGAAGCUAUGCUACGAGGACCAGCUAAGCUUGUUUGGAUCCUGUAGGCACCAUUUUGAGGAAGGAAAAGAUGCAAGUAUAAUACAGGGGGCUUUGACAAGAAAUGACUUUUCCAGUUCUCGUCAUGGAAAUUUUAGUGAAUACAGCACUACAGAAUCUGAUGAAUUUGAGAAGCAAGAUGGUGGUGAAUUGACUUGUGAAGAUGAGUCUACAUUCUUUGAUGCUGCAGACUACUUCAUUGAAUCAAACAACAGGUCUUCAGCAAUGUUAAGCUCUACCAGUUGUGGUGAGGAACUUUUGGAUAUCCAAAUGCAAGAUUCUAGUUGCUCACUACCACAAAUCGAACGACGGAGUAAAUUGCCAGAACCUGCAGAGAAAGAGAGAGGCAUCAGCCUUUGGUCCAUUAUUAAAGAUAGUGUCGGCAAGGAUUUGACACGAGUAUGCCUUCCAGUUUACUUUAAUGAACCACUCUCAUCCCUUCAAAAGUGCUUUGAAGAUUUAGAAUAUUCACACCUUUUGGAUCAAGCUUAUCAAUAUGGAAAAAUGGGAAACAGUCUCAUGAGAAUUCUCAAAGUAGCUGCAUUUGCAGUCUCUGGCUAUGCUUCAUCUGUUGCGAGACCUUGCAAACCAUUCAACCCACUGUUAGGAGAGACUUAUGAAGCUGAUUUCCCUGAAAGAGGCGUCCGUUUCUUUGCAGAAAAGGUUAGUCAUCAUCCCAUGCUGAUUGCCUGCCACUGUGAAGGCAAGGGCUGGAAAUUCUGGGGCGACAGCAAUCUCAAAUCUAAGUUUUGGGGGCAGUCGAUUCAAGUUGAUCCAGUUGGUGUUUUGACAGUGGAAUUCGAUGACGGUGAAAUCUUCCAAUGGAGUAAGGUGACAACAACUAUUCACAAUCUCAUCCUCGGGAAGCUGUACUGCAGCCAUCAUGGAACCAUGCACAUAAAAGGGAACCAUCAGUAUUCAUGUAAACUCAAGUUCAAAGAGCCAUCGCUUCUUGAUCGCAAUCCUCACCUAGUACAGGGCUUUGUAGAGGAUAAUGAUGGAAACAAAGCUUCGUUUUUAAUAGGAAAAUGGGAUGAAAAUAUGUAUUAUAGUAAUUUAGAUACUUCCAAGGUCAAGAGCGCUGAUCAAUUGAAAGGUGCCUCACUGCUGUGGGAAAAGAACAAACCUUCUCCUAAUCCAACGCGAUACAAUUUAUCCUCGUUCGCUAUCACAUUGAAUGAACUGUCGCCCGAGCUUCAGGAUAAACUGCCUCCUACUGAUUCACGGCUAAGGCCAGACCAGCGGCAUCUAGAGAAUGGUGAAUAUGAGAAGGCAAACACAGAGAAGCUGAGGUUGGAACGCCGACAAAGAAUGUCGAGCAAGCUUCAAGACAAUGGCUGGAAGCCAAAAUGGUUCCAGCAGGACGGCCAAGACGGGACAUAUCGCUUCAAAGGUGGUUACUGGGAAGCAAGGGAGCAGGGACACUGGGAUGGAUGCCUUGACAUAUUUGGGGAGUUCUCAGAGACAUUGUGAAUGCCCAAUCUCAGUUGCUAUAGCAGCAUUAGCUUCUCCAACAACCAAAAUUCCAUGGACCAUGGGUGCUCUGAAGCUCUGAAGCAUUUUGCUGGUUCUCCUGCAUAGCAACAAGAGCACAGCAAUGCAAUGCAUAUGAGGAAGGAUUAGGGUCAAUAGACAAUAGAGAGCAUUGCCAUCUUCAGUGGUAGAUAUAUGCUUGGAUGGCUAUGGUCACCGGCCUGUCAUUAGCUCAUUUCCUGGACAAUUAUCCGUAAUAAUGUUGCUGUUCUUUUUUUAUCAUUUGCUUGGAUUGGAUUCAGGUUGGGGCUGUAAAGCCACAACACACGUCGAUUGCACAGAGAGCAUCAUUUGUAGAAAAGGAAAGGAAAAAAAGCAGUAAAUUGAGAUGGAGAAAAAUCACCCUGGAUGGAAUGAGAGGUGAUGCAUGAUUAGAAA